AUGAAUAUGUCGGAGGUACAGAUCACUGUUGGAAUUUCACGGAAGACUAUCUGCAGCAUCGAGGAAGGUGUUACAGCUGAGGAGAUUGGACAGAGAGUCGCUCAGUUGACGGGGUUAGGAGUGGAUGAUUUUUACAUCUUGCACAACGGUCGUCUCGUCCGAGGCACCGACCUUUGCGAAGAUGGAGUAGCUGCAAUCGUUCCGCGCCUUCCUGGGGGGAAGGGGGGUUUUGGAUCUAUGCUGCGAGCCAUCGGCGCUCAAAUUGAGAAGACUACCAAUCGGGAAGCGUGUCGCGAUCUCAGCGGACGCCGCUUGAGAGAUAUCAACGAGGAGAAGAGAUUGAAGUCUUGGAUUGACAAGCAAGCGACUAGAGAAGAGGAGGCUGCCGAGAGAAAGAAGAGAAAACUUGAGAGGCUCUGCGCUCAGCCCAAACAUGAGUUCAAGGAUAAAAACUAUGAGAACGAACGCUCGACUUUGACGGAGAAAGUGGGCGAUGCGGUUGAAGAGGGAUUCAAAAUGGCCAUGGCUGGAAGUUCCGGGGUAAAGAGGAAAAAUCCAAGCAACGGCCAAGGCGGCAGAAAGAAAUUGGCUUUGGACUCGGAUAUCGACUCCGAUGAACUUGGAAGCUCUUCCGACGACAACUCUGACUUGGAUUCUGCUUCGGAUGUGAGAGUAAAAUCUGGCUCUAUCUCAUUCCCGGAGACACACGGCUCGCAAAAUGCGAGCCAAGUUAAAUCCAACGACGCAAAGGUAGACGAUACUACAAACUCUAAAAAACCUCAGGACCCUGGCGAAGCGUCGGAAGGUCACAUUCCAGUUUCCGAUGAAAAUCGUAUCAAUCGCUCGACCCAAUCUUUGGUAAACGAAGCUCAUGACGAUAGUCUCGCAGUUUCGAGUGAAGUACGGGACAAGCAAACUUACGUGUCACAACUGACCGCGAGCAACUCGCUUUACACCCAUGUAGUACAAGGUAAUAUUAAAAAUGCCCCCAGGUGCAGCAGGAGUAUAGCAUUAACCGAUGUCUUACGGUUCGCCGAAGCAAAACAAGCGAAUUAUCGCUGA